AUGGACAAAGCCAUGAGAAUUGUUUCAGUUUUCAUAUUCCUAAGCAUUGCAACCAUUACCAUUAGCUUAUGCAAUGGAAAUUUGGGUGUGCCUUGUAAACAAAAUGAGAGACAGGCACUUCUAAUGUUCAAGCAAGAUCUAAGGGAUCCUUCAAAUAGGCUUUUAUCUUGGGUUGGUGAGGGAGAUUGUUGCAAUUGGACUGGAGUUUUCUGCGAUAAUUUAACCGGUCAUGUCCGUGAGCUGCACCUUGGAAAUUAUUAUUCAGAUGAGUAUUUGAAUUACAGUUUGAAUCAAGAAAACUCUUUGGGUGGCAAGGUGACAAACACACUCCCCUCUAUGCUGGUAGAGCUGCAUAUGUCCGGUUGUGAACUCAAUCAAAUACUAGUUGCAAACAUGACAAGGCUUGAAGUUCUUAAUCACAGGUGGAACAUCUGGGGUACCAUACCUCAACGGUUAUACACUCGUAGCAAUCUUGAGUCCCUAUCCCUUUAUUUGAAUCUCUUGCGAGGUGAUAUUUCAAGUUCCGUUGGAAACUUGACAGCCAUUGUCAAUCUUGACUUGUCUGCUAAUCAACUUGAAGGGAAAAUCCCAAGCUCAUUGGGAAAUCUUUGUAAGUUGACGGUUCUUGAUCUGUCAAGGAACUAUUUCAAUGGAAGCGUAUCAGAAAUAUUGGGAAGUUUGUCAAGGUGUAGUUCAGGUCAAAUGGAGUCACUGAAGCUAUCAAUAAAUUAUUUUUCAGGUCCACUAUCCGAUCAGCUAGGAAAUUUCAGACAUUUACGCUUCCUUGCUCUUUCGAGUAAUUCAAUAUCAGUUCCAAUUCCAGAGUCCUCUUGA